AUGAUUAUCAAAGACUCCAUUGGGUACUUCCUGGGCCUCCUGCUCACUGUGAGCCCAGCCCUGACUGUGGCUCAGCCGGGACGUCCCAGCUUUCCCAAGCGUCCCAACAUUCAGCCGAACCCUAUCCAGCCAUACAAGGCAAUCCCCCUCCAGUCGCAGCGCAACCCUCACAAGGUCUGCUAUGUCAAGCCCGGCAACAAGGGCGACGAUGCCGGUAGGAUUCGCGAUGCGCUGCGAAAGUGCAACAACGGGGGAACUGUUGUCCUCGAUCAGGAAUACACCAUCUGCACCCCCCUCGACCUACGCUUCCUGAAGCAUGUCGAUAUCGCCCUGACCGGUAAAGUCGAGUUCUGCACCGAGAUAGAAUUCUGGCAACAGAAUCUGUUCGAGUUCCACUUCCAGGAUGCCUCUUCCUGGUGGGUUUGGGGCGGCGAAGACGUCCAUCUCUAUGGCGCUGACACCGGUGUCAUUCAUGGCAACGGACAGUCGUGGUAUGACGCUUAUGCUGCAAACGGAACCCUCAGGCGUCCUCUCUUGUUUAUUGCAGAUGGAUGGCACGGGGGUUCCAUCACCGGUCUGAAGCUGCGGCAGUCGCCCAACUGGCACAACUUCAUUGCCAACAGCUCCGACCUCCUAAUCUCAGAUAUCGACAUCUUCUCGCGCUCGUCCUCCUCCGCCUGGGCCUCAAACCUCGACGGCUGGGACACAUUCCGGUCAGACAACAUCGUCAUCCAGAACUCGGUCAUCAACCACGACGACGACUGCGUCUCGUUCAAGCCAAACAGCACCAACAUCAUCGUCCAGGGCUUACAAUGCAACGGCUCGCACGGCAUCUCCGUCGGAUCGCUAGGAAACUACCCAUACCAGUACGACAUCGUAUCGGAUCUCUACAUCUACAACAACACCAUGGCCAACACGACCACCGCCGCCCGUCUGAAGGUCUGGCCCGGUGCCGAGGCCGUCAAGAGAGGGAACCCGCCCUGGGUUGGCGGCGGGGGGCAAGGCUACGUGCGCAAUGUGACGUACGACACCAUGAUCAACGACAACAACAACCUCGCUAUCCAGAUCGAUCAGUGCUACGGGGCGAUCAAUGCGAGCGAGUGUCUGGACCACCCGUCGCAGGUGAUUCUGACCGAUGUGCUGUUCAAGAAUAUUUGGGGCACGGCGAAUGGUGCGGAUGAUCCUGUUGCUGGUCAGCUUAUUUGCGGGUCGGAGGAUUCCUGUGACAACAUUCGCGCCGAGAAUGUCACCUUGACGAAUCCGAGUGGUGAGCCGCCGCAGUGGGAGUGCAGAUACCAGGAUGAGGAGCUGUUGGAUCUUGGGGGUGUUGGUUGUAUUCCUGCCUGA